CGCCACCUCUGCAUUGACAUUGAGCAUGAAGCUCCCACUCCCACUCCUUCCCCUCCUCGCUCUGGCGACGCGCACCGUCGCAGCGCCGCUCGACAUCCUCGACGCAGGCGCGGCCGCCCUCUCGGCCGUCGAGCACUGGCUCGCCCCCGAUGACAGCGACGUCCGCGCUCACCUCGUCAUUCCCGACGGCGAUGAGAGCGCGCCCAUCCCCGAGCUCACUGUGUCCCAGGGAUACAGCGCCCACCAUGGCGGGCUCGCGGGAAUCUGCAACCUCCGCGCGCGAGGAGGCGGGGCCGACGACACGGACAACUUUGUCAAUACGAUGAAGCGGUGCGGCAAGAACAGCGUCAUCUUCAUGAACUCGCCGGUUUACAAUAUCCGCCGCCCUAUCAAGAUUCGGCUCGAGAACAGCGUCCUCUCACUCCGCGGCUGGCUCACGUUCUCCGACGACAUUGAUUACUGGAUUAAGCAUGCCUUCGACCUGGGCUUUCAGAAGCAGAAGCUUGCUAUGGUGGUCAGCGGCUCCAAUUUCGUCCUGAACGGCGAGGAUACCGGCGGCAUCGACGGUUCCGGCCAGGCAUGGUACGAUCACGCGCGGGGCGUGGGCAAUGUACACGGGCGGCCGAUGAGCCUUGCGCUGGUCGGCGCGCGGAAUGCCAUCGUGACUAACUGGAGCAUCCGACAGCCGCAGUUCUGGGCGCACAUUGUCGUCGACAGCGACGACGUUGUCUACGAGAGUUGCUACGUAAAUGCCACGAGCACCAGCGGGAGCUAUGGCGAGAAGAGCUGGCUGCAGAACACCGACGGCAUCGACACAUACCGCUCUCGAAACGUAGCAAUCAACAACUUCGUCUAUCAAGGCGGAGAUGACUGCAUCGCGCUUAAGCCCAACAGCAUCAACAUUGCGGUGCGCAACGCCACAUGUGUCGGGGGCACGGGUAUUGCUUUUGGCUCGAUCGCGCAGUACAAGGGCGUCAAGGACGUGAUCGAAAAUGUCGUGCUCCAGGACAUCAAGCUGUAUCCCUCAAACCAGUGCCGCGGUUACCAGGGCGUGUACUUCAAAAGUUGGAUUGGGGAGGAGGUGGGGCACCCCCCCAACGGUGGCGGCGGAGGAUACGGCCACUGCCGCAAUGUCAGCAUCUCAGACGUGUACAUGGAGGACAUUGACAGGCCGAUCGCGCUCACGGCCGGCCUGACGUACCUUGACGAGGAGCACGGCAAGCACAAGUACGGUACGUUCAAGUGGAGUCACAUCAACAUUACACGGGUGCGCGCGACGGCAACGGGCAACCGCGCUAUCUGGCUGGACUGCUCGCCGGCCCAGCCGUGUCAACACAUCCGGCUCGAGGAUGUCGUGGUUACGCCCGGGAAGAACGACCACCCGGAGAUCCAUCAGGUGUGCAACCACGUCGAGCACAGCAAGGGCGACGGGCUGGAGGCGUGUAAGCCGAACAACAGCACGCUCGAGUCUGACACGGGCGGAACGAUGUAGACGAAGGUUCGGGAUGCAGCAGACGGAGGCCUUCCGCCAAGCGAGCUUUUGACGAAUGUAGCACAUCAGUCGGACAAGUCGGCCCGAGAUAAGUGUAGAGUUGUGAAGCGAGGCAGCCGAGCAAAUAUCGUCUCGCUUUGCGACGUCAUUUGAGGAAGUACCGCGGCUGCUGCGACGCGAGCAUGUGAGACAGCGCUACGUAGGGGUGUCGGUCGAGAUGCUCGG